AUGGCGGACCCUGCCGCCAUGGGAAUGAUGCAUCAGCACAUGCCGCCGCACAUGGCCGUCGGGGGUUUCCAAAAUGGCUUUGGUGGGGGCGGUGGCGGCGGGGGGGGGUCCGCGCAGCGCGGGGGGUACGGCAGGAGAGGCAGGGGUGGCGGUGGGGGGGGGCGUGGGGGUUACAAGGGGCGAGGGGGCAACGGGAGGUUCGCGGGGAACAACGGCGGGCGCGGUGGUGGGAUGCAGGCGUUCGGCGGCAACGGGGGUGGCAUGUUCAACCCUUACGUGGCGGCACAGCAGCAGGCAAUGAUGCAGCAGGCGUUCAUGAUGCCGAUGCCCGUACAGCUCCCGGCGCACGUCUCGCUCAUCAACGCUCCGUCCUUUGAUCCCGAAGCAGCGGCGGUCGAGGGUACCCGGUUUUUCGUGAUGAAAACUUUCUCGGAAGAUGACAUUCACCGCUCCGUUAAGCUCUCGGUGUGGUCUGGCGGGGAAGCGACCAACAGGCGCCUCGACGCCGCCUUCAAGGGUAUCAAGCCCAAGGACAGCGGCAAGGGAGGAGACAAGUCCUCCAAGGAUUCCGGAGAUGCCGCGGGCAAGGACACCACCGCCUCGUCGUCCAAGAAGAAGGGCAAAAAGAAGGGGGGCGGGGGCAAGACGGCCGGAGAGGACAAGAAGGCCGGCGGCGGCGGCGGCAGUGACGAGAAGGCGGCUGCAGCGGAGGGGAGCGAGGGCGCCACCACUGCCGCCGCCGUCGGCGACAAAUCCUCUUCGAGUGCCGACGCCGGGGCCGGCAAGGGCGGGACGGCGUCGGAGUCGGCUGCGGCGGGGGCCGGCAAGGAGUCUCCCGUGGCGGAGGAGGGUGCCUCGGACGCCGGCGCUAAGGACGACGUGACCGACGAUGCCGCGGACGCUAGUGCUAGUGCUAGUGUGGAGAAGCCUGCUGCUACGUCGGGUGAUGUCAAGGAGGAUAGCGCCGCCGCCGCCGCCGCCGCCGCCGGGGACGCGAAGAAGGAAGAUGGUGGAGCGGCAGCCGCGGAAGGCGGGGAGAGCGGCGGCAAGCCGGACGGGAAAGAGAAGGCCUCCUCGGCAACAACUGGGAAGUCUGCUGCUUCCAAGGAGAAGGAGAGCAGUAGCGGCGGCGGUAAGAAGGCGACUGGGGGCACCGUCGCGACAAGCGGCAAGGGCGGCAAGGGGGCCGGGCGCGGCAACAAGAAGGCCCCGCCGGUGUUCUUGUUCUUUUCGGUGUACCAGUCGGCCCAGUUCUGCGGAGCCGCGCAGCUGUGCGGUCCUCUGGACCACCAGGGAAAGAAGGUUAAGGGCCGCGCACACGACCGCUGGCGGUCACGCUUCCCCGUGAAGUGGGUAUUCGCCAAGGACCUACCCAACCAACAGCUCAAGCACAUCACGCUCCCGAACAACAAGCCAGUGGCAGCGGCGAAGGAUUCCCAGGAGGUGCCGUUUGAGCAGGGUUUGCAGAUGCUGAAGGCGUUCCACGAACACACGCACGUAACGUCGAUCGUAGACGACUACGCCUUUUACGAGAACAGGGCUCUGCAGCACCAGCACCGGCCGAAGCACCAGCACCAGCAGCACGGCAGCAGCAACCACCCGGCCAACCAGUACGGUUCUUUAUCGACGUAG